AUGGGGUUGAGUUCAGCUUGUCCUGUGUUCUCAGCUUGGCUGGUUUACAAGCAGCACUAUCUUUGGCGGCCGCCAGUAUCCAGUGUUCCUCAGCUACACUUUCCUAGAUGCAAAUUUGAUCCUGGGAGACCUUUGAUAUCUUUUUCAAAGGGCAUAACCAAUAAAUUCGAAGUAUUUUGUAGCCAAGUUGAAGCCAAAGAGAGCUUAAGCGAUGAAGCUUGUGAACUCGUGAAUGGGACAGAACUUACAAUCGGAGAAGGAGAUGAAAGUAUAAGUGCGAAUCUUUUCCAAGCAGUGAAGAACAAUAAUUCAACUGGAAUAUUGUUAUUGUCUGACAUUUAUGGGUUUGAAGACUCGUCCACUAAAGAUUUUGCAUAUCGCGUUGCUUGCAAUGGUUACAAUGUUCUAGUUCCAGAUUUGUUUCAUGGCGAUCCAUGGACAAAAGACCGGCCUAUGUCACAUAUCGAACAGUGGAUUGCCAAGCAAAACCGACAACGAGUAGCAAAAGAUAUAUUUGCAUCAGCUAAAUGGAUGAUGAAUGAAUUUGCAGCUGUCGGAAUCUCAAAGAAGCUUGGAGUCAUUGGGUUUUGCUUUGGUGGCGGUCAAGUUGUAGAUAUUCUAAGCCAAGACGAGGAUACGUGUUUUGGUGCAGGGGUAUCGUUUUAUGGCACGAGGAUUGAAUCAUCUGUUGCUAGCAAUAUAAAGGUGCCUUUAUUACUAAUUGCAGGAGACAGUGACCCUCUUUCUCCUAUCAAUGUCUUAGAAGAUAUCCAAAAGAGGAAUAAGGAAUCGAAAAUGGUUGUUUUUAGGGCGAGGGGUCAUGGUUUUGCUCAUAGACCUCAGACUCCUGAAGAAGAUGAAGAUGCAGAAGAGGCUUUCGAGAUCAUGAGAAAUUGGCUGCAUGAUGGCUUGUUGGUGAAAGAUUGA